AUGGAAAAUAGCUACAAACUUUUUUUAAAAUUACUUAAAAUAUAUUUAUUUUUAGUUGUUUAUUCUGUUGAUAAUAGGGAAUCUUUUAUUCGAGCAGCACAAAUAUUAUAUAGAAUUUAUGGUGAUAGAAAAAUAGCAAAAAGAGGAAAUAAAAAGAAAAUGAAAGAAAAUAUAUUUUUGCCUCUUAUUUUGAUUGCUAACAAAAGUGAUUUACAACGAAAAAGAAGAAUUAGUUCAAUUGAAGGUAAAAUGUUAGCAAAAAUAUAUAAAUGUCCAUUUGUUGAAAUGUCUGCACUUCUUUCUGCUAAUGUAGAUAUUUUGUGGAAUGAAGUAAUUCGUAAACUUUACAAAUAUGAAAGGAUUGUUGACAAUUUGAUUGUGGAAAAACAACAAAAUCAGCAAAAAGAGGUUAAUCAAAUUAAUGAAUUAACAACUGGGCUAACUCGACCACCGGUUAAAUUUAGAAAAAAAGCGAGACAAUUGGGGACGAAAAACAAAAAAAUCGACACCUUUUAA